UGGUCUGCCACUGACACCAGCUGAGGGACUGGCUCAGACAAGCUCAGGAAUCACAGGCACCCUGGCUUAGUACAGGAAGGAUUAUCUAGUUUAACACAAAGAGACAUAAUUGUGCAGAGGGGGGCAAGUUUGAUCAAAAAAGGGGAGACUGAGGAACUGGAAGGGUUUGCAGGGUGGGGCACUUGUAUAAUUAAGUUCCCACAUCCUAGUUGGAAAGGUAGAAGACAAACACGAAUAGAAGAUUCUCGUGCAGGAGCAAUUUGUUCAACAACUGUCUGAAGAAAGUAAAAAAACUUGGCUGGUUUGAAACUUUUGUGGCGCACUCUUUCUCGUCUUUGAGAUUAAUUGGUUUAAAUUGGAAUCUGAAGAAACAUGCCGCCUUUCCAUUUUCUUCUUUCGCUCUGCAUGAUGAGGCUGGUUUUGUGCUCAGCACCACUUGGGGAAGUUUUCCCCCAGGAUCCGAUCCUGACCAUUGGCUCUUCGCUGACUGCCACUUGCACUGUAAGCCCAGAGGCAAAAGUGGACUCAUGGGAUCUCUACUGGACACUGAAUGGCCAGAAGCUUAGCUCUGAACUCUACACUGUGGUGAACAACACUACGCUGAUGGUGACCAUGAAGGGACUGAACGGUUCACAACAACAGUCUGGUGACAAUCUGGUGUGUCACCGAGCAGACGGGAGGAUUCUGGCUGGGUCCUGCCUCUAUGUUGGUCUUCCCCCCGAGAAACCCACCAACAUCACCUGCUGGUCCAAGAACACCAAGGAUCUCACCUGUAAAUGGAGCCCAGGGAGUCGGGGAGAAACCUUCCUUCGUACAAAGUACACACUGAAAUACAAGUUACGGUGGUAUGGCAAAGAGAACCAGUGCCAGGAAAUGGGCACAGACGGACCAAACUCUUGCUACAUCCCCAAGGAUCUGGCUCUCUUCACCCCAUAUGAAAUCUGGGUCGAGGCUUCAAACAAAUUGGGCUCAGCAGCUUCAGACAUCAUCUCUCUGGACAUUCUGGAUGUGGUCACCACUGAUGCCCCGUCCGACGUUCAGGUGAAUCGUGUUGGUGAUCUUGAGGAUCAGCUCAGUGUCUGUUGGAGCUCCCCGCCGGCUCUGAAGGACUUCUUCUUUCAAGCCAAAUACCAGAUCCGCUAUCGUGUGGAGGACAGCACUGACUGGAAGGUUGUGGACGACAUUGGAAAUCAAACCUUGUGCCGUCUGGCAGGGCUGAGGCCAGGAACUGUGUACUUUGUGCAGGUGCGAUGUAACCCAGUUGGUAUUUAUGGGUCCAGGAAGGCAGGAAUUUGGAGUGAAUGGAGUAUCCCUACAGCUGCCUCUACUCCCCGGAAUGAGCGCUCCAGCAAUACUUGUUACCAGAAAAGUGGAGAGAGUGGCUCAAACCUGAGACGGGAGUUGAAGCAAUUCUUUGGCUGGGUGAAGAAGCAUGCCUACGGAUGUACAGCCCUCAACAUCAAACUGUAUGACCAAUGGCGUGUGUGGCUGCAGAAGUCCCACAAGACACGCAACCAGAAUCAAGAAGUCUCUGUUUUCAUUGGAUCGCAGGAGGAUACUCCCGCUCGGUAACUCCAGAGAUGACGUCAUCCAAAAGAAAAUGCUCCUGUGCACAUGGAAGAUUGCCACAGCAUCAUGAUCAUUAAUCUAGAAAUAUGGGAAACAGCAGUUUCUUGGUUCACACUGUUACUGACAAAAUAUAUUUAGAUCCUGGUUCAUGAAUAAAAUUAAAGGAGAUGAAAGGGUAGCAGGUGUUAAAGUCACAAACAUUUCACUUUUGGAGUCUCAGGACAAAUUUAUUCUUCAAUUGGUCUGUGUUCUGUUUUCAAUUUUAAUUAGCUUCUUAUUUCAGUGUCAAGAGGUUUGAGGCUCUUAGUUUCACUACUGAUUGAUACGACUAUUUGACACUUCUUGAAAUGCCUGAAUUUGUAACUUGAUGCUUCUAUUAAUCCAUGUUUUCUCAAUCAUUCUCACCAUGCCUUAUUGCUGUAAUCUCUUUCAGCUAACCAAGACCUCUACAGUUCUGGCCUCUCAUUUAUUCCACCAGUGAUGAUUGUGGCUUCAGCUACCCCAAACCUCUGCCGUCUCCUUAAAAUGUUCCUUAAAAUCUCUCUCCUUAGCUAAGCUUUAUAACAUCUGUCCUAGUAUUCAUACUUAUCAUUAUUUUUGACUGCUAAUGCUCUGUCAAUGACCAUAGGUGCAUUUACUUCGUUAAAGGUGCUACAUAAUUCAAGUAGUUGCUUUUACUGAACGGCUCAACGUUCAGAGGACAAUGCACCCAAAGCUCUCAAGUAAAUUUGAGACAGAUGGAUCAUUGAAAAAUUCAGUACAGGUAACGUUAUCUCCUACAGCACAACAAACUGACUGAACUGAGUACUUCAAAUCAUGUUACUUUUGAAUAAAUCAAAAAUAGCAUUUAAAGCAAUCAAGUUUCACAUUAUUUGUUUGGAGAAGUUUCUCUGUGAUGUAACAGAAGAACUGAUGUCACACAUCAUUUGUAGUGGCUGCAAUAUACUGUAAAAGCUGUAAGGAAGAAAUGAUCCUGGCUUCUUAUCAACCAGUUUAAUCUAAUCCCCAUAAUGGAAAAGAUUGCUGAGGAACAGCAGGAUGGGUUUAACAGCACAUAUCUAUACAAACAGCUUUACCCAAGCUCAGAGGGUGGUGCUAUUUUGGACCUUCUCCCCAAAAAGCUAUGGCUGCCAAGGCUCAAGAGGGCUUUCAAGACGGUUUUGUGGAGUAGAGGUAUUGAGGAAUGUGAAGCAAAGGCUGGUGAAUGGAGUGGAGAUAAAAAUCAGCUGUGGAGAGAAAAUAUUAGUCCAGGUCACAUGGACCCAGUGUUGUUUAUAAAGAAAUCGACUUUCUACAAUGUGCCAUCUCUCUUUCAGUUACUUCUAGGAUCUAUCAACCCCCUUUAUUAUCUACAAUUCUUCCACACCCCCCCCCCCCCAGUUCAAUUUCAUUCUCCUACAAACCAUCAGCUUCUGAUCUGCAUGGGAAUAGAGGCAAUGACUCAGAGGUCCAAGUACUGAUUGAAUUGUCCCCCAUCACCCUGUUCUUAAUGAUUACAGAUAAAGCCUCUGGUCAGGAGGUAAUCAGUGAAAAUGGCAAGUGCACAGAAGCGAUGCGUACCUAUUGAAUGGGUACUCAUUACCAUUGUUAGUCACAAUUAUCUACACUUGGUAAUCUGGCAGUCACAUGUACACGUUUUCAUGUGAACAACCACUUUUGAUGACCAAGUGGACCUCCUAGAAGUUGCCGGGCUUGAGUAUUGAACAGUCUAGAUGGUCUCCUCAAUGGAGAAUCUGAGCCCAGGCAGAGCUGUCAAUGGGAAAAUAAUGUCUCAACUGAGGACUCCACAGGUUCUGCUUGCAAAAUCUGCUGAUAGUGUGGUCAGACUGCAUCAAGCCCAGCUAGGAUGAGAGUAACUGUGGAACUGCAAAUGACCAAUAAUGACUAUCUUAACUAAAAGAUUUUUAGUUCCCAGAGUUACUCAGCAGCCUCCAUUUGUGGUUACUGAGGCAUUAGGAGGAAGUAAAGAUAUAUGAAAGUGAUGAUCCUGCUACAGUUCUACUUGAAUUGGAUUUUGAUGUUUUAAAGCCAGCUCCCAGAAAAAUUUAAUUGUAAAUGAAUUGUAUUCAAUCUUAAUUGAAGAUUUAAAAAUGUUAAAAUACUGAUUUUUUUAAGAUUGUAAUUCAGGCAUUUUAAAGUUCAAGUUAUAGGUUAUUAUAAAAGGAGUACUUGAUUAAAAGAAAUGACUUGUCUUUAGUAUUAAUCCUUCCUACCUGUGAGGUUGUGUCAGUGUUGGUUAUGCAGUCAAACAUCACAAGUCAAACAAUGUGCAUUCUUGUAGGAGUGAAGGCAUUGUUAAUAGGAAAGAAGACUUCCAUCCAAUUUUAUAGUGUAAGAUGUGGAGAGGUCCCUUCAGUUAGAUCUUAGAUGGGAUCAAAGUCAACAUUCUUAACUAUCUCGGGGUCAAUGUUAAAAAUGCCAGGAUUCAAAGAUAUCACUGUGUGUUGCAGAUUUUACAUAAAAAGGCCACCCAAGCCAAUUGGUCUGUCUGCAAGAAGCUGAGAUUUUUAGACACUGAUAGCAGGGUGUGUAUUUCAGUUGCCACUUUUUUUACCAAAGGACUCUGCUGUUAUCAUUGAUAUGAGUGCAAAAUUCUAGCAUACUUCUUGCUCUCUUGGUAAAGUCUCUCAAGAAACUGGUCUCUACAAUCACUGUGGGGGCUAGGAAACAGAACUGGAAUGCCCAAUGAGUUUUUACUGAUGCCAGAAGGAAGUAGUUCCUGGACAAUGACUCCAUAAUGAGAAUUCUGGGGUUCAGUAAAUUCCAACAUUUUCCUGCUCUAGUUUCAAUGACUUCUGUUGGGGAUUACUGAGUUGUUUUGUGGAUUAUAAACUUUGGUGGUGGAUUUUACUUCCUAUCAUUACGUUUCUCCAUUUUAUAUCCUUGUUGUUUUAAUAUUUAUAAUAAAUAUCAUUUCUUAAUACUUCACAUCUUCAACACAUAAAAUGAUGCAAAUAACAUUACAGCUAACAAAAUGAUCUUCUUAACCAUGGCUUCAGACUUGGAGUUGGUGGUUUUCCUCUGUGCUGUUUUAUUUUAUUAAAUUUUAUUACUUUUAACACGAGAUGAUAUCUCAUUGGUAGUUCCAGUAAAUGAAAUACUUUUAAGAUUUGAAAGAAGUAAUUGAGUGCCUGCUAUAUUUCAAGAAGCAGAUCCUUCAUUGGUCUUGAGAAACGCAGACUUUCCAAUGUAAUCAGACUUCAAUUGGAAAAGAGUGAUAAUGUUUUUGCUAAAUUGCCUGCAAUGAUUCCAUUGACUUGGGUAGAUAAUUCACACCAACACUUCCAGUACAGCAGUGAGGCAGGGCCUAUCACAUCAACAACAAGGAGACACAUCACAGGGUGUGCCAAAUGCAACCACAUAGAUACCUGCCUAGCAUAUACAAGAUAGUGCAGUAUCACAGAUUAAGACCACUCAUCAAAUGGCUGGACCCCAGAAAGACAAGCCUAGUGGAUGAAUGUUACAUACAGAUCGCUAGCUCAGUGAAUA